AUGGGUAUCAAAGACAAAGUUAAAAGAGCUUCUAAAAUUUUCUUAAACGAUUCUGAUAAAGAAGAAACUCCAAUUACUGACAAAAAGGAAGAAAUUACUGAAACUGCUGAAACUAAAAAAGAUGAAAUAGUCGAUGCUGCUGAAAAUAAAGCCGAAGAAGCUGGUGACAAAAAAGAUGAAAUUGUUGAAGCUGCUGAAGAUAAAGCUGAAGAAUUAACUACUGCUGCUGAAGAAAAGAAAGAUGAAAUUGUUGAAUCUGCUCCAGAAGGUGAAACUAAAACCGAAGAAGUCGCUGAUAAAAAAGACGAAUUAGUUGAAGGUGCUGAAGAUAAAGUUGAAGAAGCUAAAAAAGAAGUUGAAAAAACUUCAACUAAAGUUGAAAAAGAAGUUAAAAAGAACGAUUUCUUUAAAAGAUUCAUCAACAAAUUCAAAAAAUCUGAUGCUGGUAAAGCUUAA